GACUGUAUUAUUGUCAGUUCCAUGUAGAACUGUCAAUGUGGUUCGUAUGUGAAACUUCUAACCAAAACAUUUCGGCCAAAAAGUGUUUCGCUGCUUUGUUUCCCUUUUAAACAGUGGAAUUUGUGGAAUAACAGAAAAAAUGUUUCGGAUUAGUCGUAUGAAGUACAAAAAUGGAUCCAAUGGAAUUGUUCAAAAUUUAUUUGCACGACAAUCAACGGCAACCGCAAAAAAAACAACGGAAUCGGCAAAUGAGUCGCAGCGAAUAGUUAUACCAAAGAAAAUCGAUCGUGGACCCACGGAUUUAUUGUAUACUCUGUCGAAAACGGUUGGCAGAGAUCCAACGGCAGCCCAUUAUAAGUAUCAUGAUGAUCCGUAUCUCAUACCAACAUCACUUUAUAACCGAGAUCAAUAUGCACUAUCAAAAGAAUCCGGUAAACAAACGGCUCAAUGGAUUAAGCAACAACAUGCAAAAUUGUUCAACUCAAAAGAUGCGAAACCGCCAAUCGAAGCAUUCUUCCCGAAGCCAGUCUACACCGAUGAGAGUGAAGUCGAUUUGAAGUGUCUCGAAGAUUCGGUUGAAUCAUUGAAUGUUUGCGAUGCCAUUUUAAUUUAUCGACUAUUGACGGCAAAAAAUGUGACCGUUCCGGAUGAGCUCAAGCAGAAUAUCCUUGAAUUGGUGUGUUUUUACAAUCACAAAGAUCCAAUACCGUUCGAUAUGUUUGAGGCGCGUGGUUCGGCCGAAGCAAGCAAGCGAUCACGUGAUGCUAAGCCCGAUGUAUGGGUAGAGAACAGUUUCGCUGAUCAAUUAUUCCAGAGUAUUGAACCGAAAACACCGGCCGCCUAUAAUACAAUGAUCAGAGGUCUGUAUAAGUUCAGUAGUCUUGAACGUGCCGAAGAGCUGUACAAUGAGGCCAACGAAAAGAAGAUUCCACUCGAUUUGGCCACCUACAAUAGUUUCAUUCGGAAUAUUAACAAACCGGGUGUGACGGCCGAAAUGCGAUGGGAACAAAUUAAAAUCACACUCGGUGACAUUAAUAAACGACAACUCAAACCAAAUGUAAAGACUCUCAACGCAAUUUUGGCGACAAUCAAAGCCGGUGGUAAUAUUCAUAGCAUUAUAGAUUACGCUGUUCAAACAAUGGCCGAAUUUCAAGCACUAAACAUUGAACCAUCGCUUGAGACCUAUGCUCAUUUGCUUGAUAUAUUCCAUGGUAAACAAUCACCGCCCAGCAAUGUUAUCUACCAGAUUGUGGAACGUAUCGAAAAGAAUCCGAAUUUGAUUGCCCAAGGUCCCGAUGAUUUGACAUUCUUCUACAAAGCAAUGGUGGUAUGCCGUUUUCGAUUAAGAAAUUCCGCAUCGCUUGCACGACGCAUUGAUAACAUUGUUACACAUUCGGAUAAUAUCAAAUUCCUUGGCGAUGCACAACAAGAACAAUUCUAUUAUCGUUACUUUUUAACAACCAUUUUACAUAAUGAAACAUUUGCCGAGUUCAUUCGAACAUAUGAUCAACUAGUGCCCGAAACCUAUUCGCUUGAGCCAAGUGUAGCCGAUGAUAUUUUCUCAACCAUCAAUAUAACCGGAACCAUUCAACAUGUACCGAAAUUCUGGACAGAUAUAGUCAUUUCGGGCAUUUCAAAGCGUAGCCAAUUGAAUGAUUCAAUUUUAGCACUGAUGACAACCAAUCAACCUCUUGCCGAUGUCAAAGAACACGACGGUCUUGUCGAUCAAUUUGCUGAAAUUGCAUGGACCAUCUAUCAGAAUGCGAUGAACGAUCAAUUUGCCAGCGCACGCAAAGAAGAAUUAAUUCCAGCCACACGGCUAGCGAACAUUGUCAUUUUGUUGCUGCAGGCCAAUCGACACCAAAAUGCCCGAACCAUUGUGGAAAGUUGUCUGGAACAACAGAAAGAUAAACGAAUCAUUGGAUGUCUUACCGAUGAAGCGUUGUCCGCAUUUAUCGACAGUUGUGUGGUGAACAAAGAGCCACGUAUCGCCAUUCAAUGUGUUGCAUAUUCCAUUGAGAAUGGCGUCGGUGAUGCCAUUCAAUUUGGUCGCAAAAUCGUACAAUCCUUCACAUUGGAAACAAACGAAAUAAAACGCAUUACCGAUUUAGUUGGCCAAGAUGUAUUGAAAUCAGCACAGAAAUCAACCGAAUGAAUAGGCGUAGAAUGCGGAAGCGAAUUUAGAAUUACUAUGUUACGAAAAUGCUAAAAUUUAGUUGAAAAUUUAUAUAUAUAAUUGAUUCGAAUUUCACGACAGAGUGACGCCGAAGCAAUUUUAUUGUUUCAAAUAAUGUAACUGAAUGCGAAUAUUGUUUUUAAAAUUCUGUUGUAAAUAAAAAAGAAAACUGAUAGGAGAAAAAAAA